UUCAACCUCAAUCGAUUGCUCCUUAAUCCUUUUUUCGUUGAUUUCAUUUUUUUUUUCGGUGUAAUGAAAACGUUAGAUCUCAGAUAACCAAGCCAACACAGCUUUUUCCCCUAGAUUACCAAAUGGCUGCGGGCAACGCUAAUCAUGGAUGGCUUAAGCAAAGCUUUCUUGAACCAGGUAAAGACGGAAUCCCAUGCAGAAAAGGCUACGCCCAUCCUGAGGAGCCCGACGAUCAAGGCAAUCUUCAUGCCCGGCAUGAUAGAUUCCACACAUUCUUCGAAAAUGUUAAGAGGGUUUCGAUCAAGUGCUAUCAGAUGGGCCGCAAAGACCCUCGUAAAGUCGUCUUUGCGGCUAAAAUGGGGUUGGCUCUCUCCAUUGUUGCCGUUCUCAUUUUCUUUAAGGAACCCCUUAGUUACAUUGGCAAAAAUUCUGUUUGGGCAAUCCUCACUGUGGUGGUUGUAUUUGAAUUCAGCAUAGGGGCAACCCUUAACAAAGGGUUCAAUAGGGCUCUUGGCACAUUUUCUGCUGGAGGAUUAUCUCUGGGCAUUGCUGAAUUAUCUCAAUUGGCUGGACGAUAUCAAGAAAUUGUAAUUGUUUUCAGUAUCUUUAUAGCAGGAUUUCUUGCAUCUUACUUGAAAUUGUAUCCUGCCAUGAAGCAUUACGAAUAUGGAUUCCGAGUGUUCUUGUUGACAUAUUGUAUAGUGUUGGUAUCUGGAACUUCUGAGUUCUUAAACACUGCUGUUUCACGUUUAUUUCUUAUUGGCAUUGGUGCUGCCAUCUGUUUGCUUAUAAAUUUAUGUGUCUAUCCAAUUUGGGCUGGUGAGGAUUUGCACAAACUGGUGGUAAAAAAUUUUAAAGGUGUUGCAAAUUCUCUGGAAGGUUGUGUAAAUGGUUAUUUACAAUGUGUUGAGUACCAGAGGGUACCUUCCAAAAUUCUAUUCUACCAGGCUUCUGAUGAUCUGGUGUAUAGUGGGUACAGAACCAUCUUAGAGUCCACAGCCGAAGAGGAUACUCUGUUGGCUUUUGCUGUGUGGGAACCGCCCCAUGGUCGUUACAAAAUGUUCAAGUAUCCUUGGAGUGAAUAUGUGAAAGUUAGCGGUGCGUUGAGGUAUUGUGCCUUCAUGGUUAUGGCUAUGCAUGGCUGUAUUCUUUCAGAGAUACAGGCAGGAUCAGAAUUGAGGGCCGUUUUCGGUAAGGAGAUUUAUCGAGUUGGGAGUGCAGGAGCUAAAGUGAUAAGGCAUCUUGGAGAAAAAGUGCAAAAUAUGGAGAAGCUAAGUGAUGGAAACCUGCUUGAGGAAGUUCACGAAGCAGCCGAGGAUUUGCAAAUGUUGAUUGACAAAAAAUCUUACCUUCUGGUCCAUGCUGAGAAUUGGGAAAUCGAGAAACGCCCCAAAAAUUUAGACCCUGAACGACUUCAGGAGCUCAAGGACAAUGAAGUGAAACCGCCCAUGCUAAUCAGUUCCCUUAGCGAAUUACAACAUAACAUCCCGAGAUCCAUGCAUCCAGGAAACCGGUUGGAUGCUCAGAACCCCAACCCCAACCCAAACCCACAAGUUAGUAUUUCACCGAUGGAUUCUUCCGAUGACAUGUUCAAACAACCAAUGAUGUGGCCUUCGCGGCUUUCAGUUUUGGGAGGGACAAUUCAAAAUUUGCGUGAAGUUCGGACAUAUGAAAGUGCUAGUGCAUUGUCAUUGGCAACAUUUACUUCCCUGUUGAUUGAGUUUGUCGCUAGGCUGCAGAAUCUUGUUACAGCAUUUGAACGCCUCAGCGAGAAGGCUAAAUUCAAAGAAGCUGCAUAGACAGACACAGAUAAUAACGUCUCGCCGUAUUGAGGAAGAAGCUCGAAAA